AUGGACGAGGUAGCCGCAACAGUUGGCCGGCACACGGCAGCCCGGCGGCCGCUUGUGAACAAGUCGAACCGGCCACAUCUCCCGAUCUUUGCAGACAAGCUGCUGUGCGGCGAAUCGACACUCGGUAUGGACGACGUGUUACUGUCCGGUUCCGACGAUGAGUACUACAACAGCCCUGGCGCACGAUGCCGACGUCUCGAGGAGCAGGCACGGCUUUUUCUCGAAGGCCGCCGACCUCGGCUUCUCUCAGCGUCAUUAAGGGGACCGUUUGGCAGAAAGACGCGCUGGGAAAACCCCUGGAGAGGGAAAGGGGGCAGGGUUGGCACAAAGGUCGUCCCUCGUUCGACCAAGACGCAACAACCCUUAGUAGCAUCGACGUCCGAUCCCAGUGUCGGCAGCCGGAAACAAACUACUGCGCCAGUCGCCACGUCUGCAUCGAGCACAGACUUAGGAACGACACCGAGCACCGUCACAACCCAAAAAGACCCAGAAGUCAAGAAACGGGCAGCCGAUAGCAACUGGCUGCGGCGAACGAACCUAAAGCGCUUGAAACCCAACUAUGAUGAUGCUUUGGUCGCCUCGCCGUCCGCUUCGCGAACCACCAGAGCAGCGAGCUCGGCAAAGGCUGCAGCCGCACCCAAGACGCCAGACCUGGCACGACCCACGUCUGGUCCGUCCCGAGACGCCCUCGCGACAGCUGCCGACGAAGCUGUCGGAGGCAGCUACAACGCCGCGCCGAGUCAAAGACUGGCCAGUACUGAACUGCUGGUGUCCCACAUAUCAGACAGCGAGCCUUCUAUGUCGGUACUUCCGUCCGAUCUCUUUUUGAGCAGUCAUAUCGGAUCUGAGCGAUUAUUACCAAAAAUUCCUGCUUCUUCCGAAAAGACAACUACAACUGAAACAACAAACCUCGUCGGGGAUGACGCAUCAGCAGCCUUUGGCGACGACACGACGUUACGGCCGGCAGAGCAAGAAAGCACAAAGUCGGUAAAUGGACUAAUGCCAAGCGAGCCUCACCCACCUGCCACGGGUGGAACUGAAAUUGAUGCAUCGGAACCGAGCGAUGAUGUCCACGACGGAGAACCAGCCGAACCGUCAGACGAGAUACCGGAUAAGCAAAAUACUAGCAACUUUGCCGACAUGACCUCAACAACAUGUGCUAUGGAUUCUGUGGCAGGCGAAACGACAACAGUUUCGACAGUAACCUACGACACGGAGAUGGUGGACGCAAGGAUUGCGACACAGGAUCAAAGUCCAUGGGCAAAGGCUCAAUCAAACACCAUGGUCGGCGAUAUGGUUGCUCACAGCUCAGCCGACCCUGUUGUCCAGUGUCAAAACGAUAGCCAGGCUCAAAACGAUAGCCAGGCUCAAAACGAUAGCCAGGCUCAAAACGAUAGCCAGGCUACAAGCUCUGUGACAGCCCAGAGCCCUUGGUCCAGAGAGACUCAGACUCUUGUUCCAGUGGCUGCUGCUGUCCGGCCAGAUCCUCCAUCUCCAGACGUCGAAGCAGACGAACCAGAAGCGAGCGCAAACGAAACCGGCAGGCCGAGCAUCUCUCUCAGUCAAAAUCCAUGGGCGGACGUGAAUACUGCGGCCGCCUCGUUCUCAUCUUCCACAUCCAAUCUGCCUACAUCUCCAUGCUCACCAGAGGGGGAAACACCUGUCCUACCACCAAUCGAGAAGGAAGGCCUCGAGCAAGAUACGGAAACGUUCCUACCAUCUCUACCCAUCCCGAUCGCUCAGUCCUCUGGGACCGCACCGUCUACGCCGGACACGAAGCAAUCCAGCCUCCCCACGCCAGACAUGACCGUGUCGAUCAAGUCCUUUAGGAGAUUCCGCUCCCCGACGCCAACGCCACCACCUCGACGGAGGAGCGCAAAGGUAGGGGGCCCUCGGUCGAUUCUUCGUCAGCCGCGCCGGCGAUCGGGAGCAACGGCCAGCACCAGCAAAUGUGGCCGCCGUGUUCACUUCUCUCUUCCCGGGGACGAAGCAGCGGCGCCCGCGGACGAGACUCCUGGCGGAACCGCAACCUCUGCCUCGAUAGAACAAAGCGACGGAGCAUUCCGAGGACCACAACGAGCCGCUUCGCCUCCUCCACAAGACAAGGUGCUCAUGGAGUCUCUCCCAACAGAGGUCGACCGGUUCAAGGGACACUACGCAACAAUGGCCGGCCGGACAAGAGGCCAACGGGCAGCUAUAAUGGCAAGAUCACAGGCAAGCGAAGCACGGUCUGCGACUGCCGACACCGGCGUCGCCAAGGUUCAACCUAUUACAAUUUCAAAGAGACAAGACCCAGCGCCGGAUCUUGAGCUGUACACCAGUCCGUCCGUCGAUGCCAUGGCAUCCCGGUUCCAGGAAGCGGAUGCGGAAACGUCCAAACUACAGCAGAUACCGUCCGGGCAGUCGCGUCAUCAAUCGAUCGUGUCGCACUCUGGCGAUAAGGUGCCCAGUGCAAAUGGCGGCGAUAAUAAGGAGAACGCCACGCGAAGCGGGGAGGCCGAACAGCACAGGGACGACAAUGACAGUCGAGACGACGAUGCCGCGUCGGCUGUGGACGCUGUGCAAGACGUUAUGGACAACCUCGAUGACUUUCUGGGCUUAUGGGAUAUGGACGCCGAGCUCGCUGAAGCGCGUGCCGGCAGGAUGUAA